AUGGAAGGAUUCUUCUGGAAGACCUUGAUGCUGGUCGGGGUUCUGUCGGUCUCGGGGCGUCCUCACCUGCCCCACGAGCCACUGACCUACGAUGAUGCCCUGUGUCUUGGGGUGGAGAUCUUCAACAAGAAAGCCGGAGAAGGGUCCCUCUACCGUCUCCUGGAUGGUGUUCCUCAGCCCGAAUGGGAUCCCGUCUCGGAAGGCAACCAAGCCUUGAAUUUCACCGUCAAAGAGACGGUGUGUCCAGCCGAAGAAGACUUUUCCACGGAUCGAUGCGACUUCAAAGAAGAUGGGAUGGUCAGACAAUGUACAGGCUACUACUUCCUUGAGGAGAGACCCCCGGUGGCCGUUCUCACCUGCCACACCGUGGGGGGAACAGUGAAGGAGGAGGAGAAGGAGGAGGAGGAGGAGAAGAAGAAGAAGAAGGACCAACCCAAACGCGUCAAGAGAUUCGCGGGUUUUUUCCAGUUUGUCGUCGGGGUCUCUUUCCGCUUCUAA